AUUUAUGUGAAAUGGUUUGAUACAGUAAUGGAAUACUAUGUGAUUUUAGUGAUUUUAGUGAAUGUCACUUUUUGUCAUUUUUGAAUUUCCCGCCGUUCCGUCCCCCGUACGUCCCGACGCUCACAGGGGACGGAACCCAGAUGACAGAUGCCGGCAUCCGCCGGAUUACAUUGUCGGGGACACUGCAGGAGGGACAUCGUGGGAGCGCAGGACAAGGUAAGUGAUACAGGGAUCGUGGAGCAGCGCCGCAUGGUAUUCCCGAGUGUAGCUCGGGGUUACCGCUUUUGCUACACUCGGGAAUACCGCCAGGGAGGU